GUCUCAACGUAACCAAACAAAAUAAAUAAAUAAAUAAAUAAGAAUUGGUUCGUCGACUUGGAUUGAGGAAUUGGCAUUUCGGAAGUGCAAUAUAUCUUAACCAACCUUAUCUCUCUGUCUCUCUCUCUCUCUCCCACUCUUCCGCUACUAAAAUGGCGGCGUCUUCUCUCUCGCUGGCAGCUGCCGCCCUUCCCACUUCUUCGCAUUCUCUCUCUCCAACUCCCAUCGAUCAUUUCUCUCUUUAUUUCUUCCCCUGCAAGCCCAGCCCCAUCAGAACGCCCUCAAAGCUCAAGCCCGUGCUCAACUAUUCUCUUUCAUCAUCAUCUUCUUCCCUUUCUCGCUCUUCCAUACACUGCGCCUCCACUGCAUUUGACGGCGUCGACUUGAAUCAAGAUGAAGCAGAAGAAGAUGAGCCAUCCAAUGGCGCUCCGGGAUCAGUAUCCGAAGCGGAGGAGGAAAACGGCGCGCCGCAAAUUGCAGAUGCUGGGAGGCUGUACGUCGGGAAUUUGCCGUUCUCGAUGACGUCUGCGCAGCUGUCUGAAAUUUUUGCUGAAGCUGGCCACGUCAUUUCUGCCGAGAUUGUGUAUGAUAGAGUUACAGAUAGGAGCAGGGGAUUUGCAUUUGUUACUAUGGGCAGUGUUGAAGAAGCCAAGGAGGCAAUCAGAUUGUUUGAUGGAGCUCAAAUUGGAGGUCGUACUUCGAAGGUGAACUUCCCUGAGGUGCCAAGAGGUGGUGAAAGGGAAGUAAUGAGCCCAAAGAUACGAAGCAGCUAUCAAGGGUAUGUAGACAGCCCUUUCAAAAUAUAUGCAGGCAACCUGAGCUGGAGCCUCACGUCUCAAGCCCUAAGAGAAGCAUUUGCUCAACAGCCGGGAUACCUGAGCGCCAAGGUCAUCUACGAUAGGGACUCCGGAAGAUCACGAGGCUUUGGGUUCAUUACUUUCUCCUCUGCAGAAGAAGUGGAAUCUGCAUUGAGUGCCAUGGAUGGAGUGGAAUUGGAAGGCCGGCCAUUGAGGUUAAAUCUGGCGGAGCAGAGAGCUGCUGCAUCCCCUCCUCCUCCGCCAAAAGUCGAGAACACGUCGGAAAAUAGCGAGCUGGUUUCAAGUGCCAGUGCUUGACUGGACAUGUGCAGCAUGAUCCUCGAGUCAUAUGUUGUGGGAUUGUUUUAGUGAUUUCAUGAUGGCCGAGGAUAUAAGUAGAUAUAUAUUGGAAUCUGCGGUGUAAGUUUUGGAUACAAUAGAUGAGGCAUAAACGUACCAUUAUUACUAAAGCUUGAGACCAUGACCUAUAAUUUAUACAUAAUUUACUGUUUU